UGUGUUUGUGGAUUGCCGCAGUGUGAGUGUGGGGUGUGAGUCCUACAGUCUCACUAUGUCAGGGAAACGUAAACGUGUGGUGUUGACUAUUAAGGAUAAGCUUGAUAUAAUAAAGAAACUGGAAGAUGGAGGCUCUUCCAAGCAACUGGCUGUGAUUUAUGGGAUUGGUGAAACAACAGUUAGGGAUAUAAGAAAAAAUAAGGAAAAGAUUAUAACUUACGCAAGCAGCUCUGAUUCUACUAGCCUUCUGGCCAAGAGAAAAUCUAUGAAGCCAUCUAUGUAUGAGGAGCUGGACAGAGCAAUGCUGGAAUGGUUCAAUCAGCAAAGAGCCAAAGGAAAUCCUGUAUCUGGACCAAUUUGUGCCAAAAGGGCUGAGUUCUUCUUUUAUGCUUUGGGAAUGGAUGGUGAUUUUAAUCCUUCUGCUGGUUGGUUAACUCGUUUCAAACAGCGGCAUAGCAUUAGAGAGAUUAACAUUAGAAAUGAAAGAUUAAAUGGAGAUGAGACUGCUGUGGAAGAUUUCUGUAACAACUUUCGUGAUUUUAUUGAACGAGAGAAUUUGCAGCCUGAACAAAUCUACAAUGCAGAUGAAACUGGACUCUUUUGGAAAUGCCUACCUUCCAGGACUUCAGUCAUCAAAGGUAAAUGCACUGUCCCUGGACACAAAUCAGUUGAAGAAAGAGUCACUGUCAUGUGCUGUGCCAAUGCAACAGGUUUACACAAACUCAAACUUUGUGUUGUGGGCAAAGCAAAAAAACCUCGCUCCUUCAAGUCAGCUGACACUUUAAACCUGCCAGUUUCAUAUUUUAGCCAAAAAGGUGCAUGGAUGGAUCUUUCCAUUUUCAGACAAUGGUUUGAUAAGAUUUUUGUGCCCCAGGUUCGAGAGUACUUAAGAUCUAGAGGCUUGCAGGAAAAAGCUGUGCUCUUGCUGGACAAUUCACCAACACAUCCAAAUGAAAAUGUCUUGAGGUCAGAUGAUGGUCAAAUAUUUGCUAAAUAUUUACCACCUACUGUGGCUUCCUUGAUUCAGCCCUUGGAACAGGGGAUCAUAGCCACAAUGAAGAGAAACUAUCGUGCAGGUCUCCUUCAGAACAACUUGGAAGAAGGUGAUGACCUGAAAUCAUUCUGGAGGAGACUAACCCUGCUGGAUGCUCUUUAUGAAAUAGCAAUGGCUUGGAACUUAGUAAAGCCAGCUAACAUUUGCAAAGCUUGGAAGCAGAUACUCCCCACCAUAGAGGAGAAAGAAUGCCUGGACUUUGAUGAAAAAGAUAUUUCUGGAACCACUGUGGCCACCAUUCUACAACAUACCAAAGGAUUGGAAAAUAUGACUGCUGAAAACAUUGAGAAAUGGCUGGAAGUUGACAGUACUGAGCCAGGUUAUGAAGUGUUAACUGACAGUGAGAUCAUCAGAAGAGCUCAAGGCCAGACAGAUGAAUCCAGUGAAAAUGAAGAGGAGGAAAUAGAACUGAUUCCAGAGAAACACAUAAAUCACACAGCUGCUCUGCAAUGGACUGAAAACUUACUGGAUUACCUAGAACAACAAGGUGAUAUGAUUCUACCUGAUAGACUGGUAAUUCGUAAACUUCGAGCCACCAUCCGAAAUAAACAAAAGAUGACAAACUCAAGUCAAUAAUGACAUUUCAGUUUUAUUUUUCUGGUCCUUGAGUGUUCUCUUCUUUGCAUUAUAGUUUAAUUUUCUUCGUGUUCUGAAUUGUCAGACAUAUUCCUAUGAAAUACAGAUCCCAAAGUGUAUCUGAAGUGGUUUAAAGAUUAUGUGUUCUCAUCUGUGGCUUACUCCUUAUUUGUACAGAUAGAAGCUUAUGGAUAUAAGUUACAUGUACCUCUGUAUUUAGUUUUUUAAUCAAUUAUCUCUUCCACACAGUGGCAUUUUCUAAAUUUCCUAGCAAAAAUUAGAGAUAACAGAUAGAGCAAUUUCCUGAGCUCUUUUGUGUGUAUUUUGAGCACUGCUAAAGGCACUUUUUUCUUGUGCUUGCCAUCUUAAGUGAUUGUUGUUUGUAUAGGAUGACAGGACGAGAAACAUCAAUUCUGUUAGAUUUCAGGAUUACAUGUAAUUUAAAAUGAGGUUUAAUAAUGAUAAGGGAAAUAAACUAUGAAUUAUAAAAAUAACUUAGAAAUCAUACGUCUGUUUUCUUGCAUUUCAAGGGUGGCUAGAAGAUAAUUCUGCAAAUGGAGUAAAGUAUACAGGAAGUAAUUAGUAAAAGAGAAACUGUUGGGCAACUGAUACAGAAAAAAGUACUCUGAUUGGUUCAUUUGAAAGAAACUGGGAGUUAAAAACUUGUAGAACCUUAGGGUUAUACAAAAAGCGAGGCUUCUUUUCAUUUGUUUUUUUAUGAGUUGGAUAACAGUAUAUUAUUAUUCAUCUAAUUUUUGUAAGGGUUUUUGAUUGUUACAUGUAAUGAUGUGAACUACCACUUAUAUUUGGGAAACAUCUCUGGAAUUUAAAAGUCAGUUUUUUAUUUUACGAGUAUUUGGAAGUACUAUCUCUAACUUGAAAAUUUUUGUCAUACCUGGCUGUUUUAUUUGAUAUGAAAAGAAUAAAGUUUUUAU